UCCCGUAGUUGUCUUUUCAAGCGGGGCUCCCCGCUGUGAUGGCGGCCCCGCCGAAACCGGUGCUGCUCGGCCUUCGAGACUUGCCGGUGCACGGCUGCCCUGCGGGGCCGGGCGCCUGGACUGCUAGCAAGCUUGGCGGCCUUCCGGACGCCCUGCCCGCGGUAGCAGCGCCGAGGCCAGUGUGUGAACGUUGCAGGGAGCCCCUCGCCUUGGUCGUGCAGGUGUACUGCCCGCUGGAAAGCUCCCCGUUUCAUCGGCUCCUGCACGUGUUCGCUUGCCCCAGUCCUCGGUGUGCCUGCGGCGGGGCGCGCAGCUGGAAGGUGUUCCGUUCCCAGUUCCUGCAGAUGCGAAAGAAAGAGGCGCCGGACACUCAGAAACAGGAAAAUGGCCUUGCAGCUGAGUAUUGGUGUGAAGGUGCAGAUGACUGGGGAAGUGAUAAUGAGGAGAGGCCUUCACCACAGCUUACCUUGGAUUUUGGAAAUGAUUCUAACAGUGCCAAAGACAUAGACUGGACUUCCCAGCUCCAAGACCUCCGCCUUCAGGAUACUGUAUCAGGUGCUGCCGUUCCUGUGCUUCCUGGGGUGCCUUCUAUGGUGCCACAGUUCCUGUCCUACUACAUCUGUGUCGUAGAUGAGGAUGAUUACAGCGGUGUUGUCAGUCUAGAUCAUGCUCAUAGUCUUCUCAGGGAGUAUCAACAGCGAGAAGGAAUUGAUAUGGAACAGUUGCUUUCCCAAAGUCUUCCUAGUGAUGGUAAUGAAAAAUAUGAGAAGACCACAAUUAGAAGUGGAGAUAAGAUAUUUUACAAAUUCAUGAAGAGAAUUGCUGUUUGUCAGGAGCAGAUUUUGAGGUAUUCCUGGAGUGGAGAACCACUUUUUUUGACUUGUCCUACAUCAGAAGUCACUGAGCUCCCAGCCUGCAGCCACUGUGGAGCCCAGAGGAUGUUUGAGUUUCAGCUCAUGCCAGCGCUGGUCAGCAUGCUGAGAAGUGCUGAUUCAGGUCUUUCUGUGGAAUUUGGAACAGUUCUAAUUUACACAUGUGAGAAGAGUUGCUGGCCUCAAAAUCAGCAGACUCCUAUGGAAGAAUUUUGUGUUGUACAAGAAGACCCAGAUGAAUUAUUAUUGAAGUAGAAUAUUCCCCUUUAUUUAUAUAAAUGAAAACAAAUUUUAAUGUUCAAA